ACGACCACAAGAAGCAGUCCUCUUCCAAUUCUGCCAUUUCCAUACCUUAAAGAAUCCCACCCACUUUUUCUCCCAUUCCCAUACCACACUUUUUCUUCUCCACCCACAAUGCCGCCAGAACCGCCGCCGCCGCCGCCGCCGUCUUCCGCCGUGGGUCAAAAACGGCAACGAUCCACGCGGUGGAGGACCGGCGCCGAGCAGCAGAUCUAUUCCUCAAGGCUCGCCGGAGCACUCCGCCGCCCUUUCUCCGCCGCCUCCGUCCGCCGCGCCGCCGACCGACUCCUCGCCGUCUCCGCCAAAGGCAGAACCCGCUGGAGCCGCGCAAUUCUCACGGGCCGGUUUAGCCUCACGAGGACCGGCUCGACCGGGAAAAGACACAGAAGAGCCGGUCCGCCAAAACCAGACGUUGGGAUUAAGAAGCCGGCUCCGAGCCGGAAGAGGCUUCCACCGCUGCAGCGGAAAGUUAGGGCGCUGAGCCGGCUUAUCCCCGGCUGCCGGAAGCUGUCGCUGCCGAAUCUUCUAGAAGAAACCGCGGACUACAUUGCGGCUCUGGAAAUGCAAGUUAAAGGCAUGGCUCAGCUCGCCGGACUUCUAAACGGCGGCGUUUCCGGCGGCCGGGCAGCCCGUUGAUGUGUGCCAUGUUGUGUUUAUUUAAUUUUCUUUUUCUUUUUUCUUUUUUUUUUGAGGUUAACUCACCUGUUGAAGAAACUUCUGUCCAUGAUAUCUUCGUCUUCACCAUAAUUAAUAAAAUUUAAAUUGUAUUUA